AACAGUUGGAGCGCGUUGUCAGUCUAGUUGUGAUCUAAAGUGCGACUUUGGGACAACUGCUGCAUAGCCACAAAUGCAACUUCGUCACAGUCGCCAUCUCGCAGAAAAGGUGUUGGUCAUCCGUCACCUCUUCAGUCUCCACUGACGAAUGUAAGAGUCCGCCCAUACCCUUCGCAACCUACACUAACUUUUAAAAUGAGCCUCAUCCCAGCACGAGUCCUGUUGUCUUCUACACACUCAACCUCACACCGACUCUCCACUUUACACACUUCAACUAUCCUUUCACUAGUAACUGUAGCUGCGAGUGCAAGUGCAAGUGCAAGAACAAAGACAAGAACACCUGCUUUAAUCUCCUAUCGGCCGUACUCGCUGUUCUCCUCCUUCAAGAAGACCAGCAAUCCCGAAAGCAAAUACAAGCCCUCGACCACCUCGACAUCCGCCACCACGGGUAACGCAACUUCGACCACAGCAGCAGCAGCGACGCCUGCCUUCAACAGUGCCAACAUGACCCAUCAGAAAUCGGACCAGGAGUGGCAAGCAGUCCUCACACCUGAACAGUUCCGUGUCCUUCGUCAGAAGGGCACCGAAAUGGCGUACACGGGUGAGUACACAAAGAACAAAGAGCAGGGUGUCUACCGCUGCGCAGGUUGCCAAGCACCUCUGUACACAUCCUCGACCAAGUUUGAUGCUUGCGGUUGGUGCUCCUUUUACGAUGCUAUUCCUGGUGCUGUCGGACGCCAUCCUGAUCCCGACGGCCAGAGAAUCGAGAUUGUAUGCAACGCCUGCGGAGGCCACUUGGGACACGUCUUCAAGGGCGAGGGAUUCGGCAAUCCGACGGACGAGCGCCACUGCGUGAACAGCAUCAGUCUCAAGUUCCAGCCCGGCGACAGUUAAAAAGCAUCUUUUUGCGACGUAGAAAAUGUCUCGACACUUGCGAUACAGUGAUGUUUCAGUAGUCAUCGCCAAGAGAAUAUAAAAACGAGAAAAAAAAAAUAAAGUGGUUGUUGUGUAUGUCCUGACCAGAGAUGACAAAUCCACCGGUUAUGAUACGACAGUUUGAUACCAAAGCAUACUGCGCUGAGAGCAAUGGUCAAUGCUUUGCUCAGCCUGCUUGUUUGCAAACUCCCUUUCGGCCGAACAGCCACACACGCCUUAUGCGCUUGGCUGAAGGGUAAAGAAGACGGAGGAAGCAAAAACAGAGAGGCCCAUGGCAUCGUCAGCUGCCAGUCCAAGAGAGCAGAAAAUAGAUUUACAAAUAU